AUGGGCAAGGAACGUCUUGCGCUACUUUGGAGGAAUCUAGGUUCCACCAGCGCAAAAAAAUUGGAGGAUGCAGUACUUCCACGUAGCGCAAAAAAAAUUGGAGGAUGUGAUACUACUGGUAGCGCAAACGGUUCCUGCGGUGCUUUUAAGUUCACAAUUGAGAUUAUUUAUGUGUGUGGUAAUGAGGCCGUUAACAUUAGAAUUGUAGUUGAAAUGAAAGCUGUCACUACUUAA